AUGUCGAUCGUCAUCCCCAAAUCACUCCAAUUCAGAUUCUUCUCGGAUGAAGAAGUAGAUAAAUUAUCAGUUUUGGAGAUUAACAAUCCUGUAGGCCAUGAUGAUUUCCAAAAUCCUGUACGGGGUGGUUUAUAUGACCCACGAAUGGGUUUACGAGAUAAUGAUAGCCUGAUAGCUCGGUGCGAAACCUGUGGUCUGAACCAUAAUGUUUGCCCAGGUCAUUUCGGUCAUAUUGUCCUUCCUCAACCUGUGUUCAAUGUUUUAUUGUCAUCAGAAAUUUCUCAUGUCCUCAAAUUAUGUUGUCCUUUUUGCGAAAAGUUACAUCUUGCUCCCGAAGACAAGACGAUAUAUUAUUUAGUGCUGAGACUUCUUGAUUGUGGACUAACCUCGGAGGCUAUGGAAUUAUUGGAGAGUCCUUUCUUGUUUUUGAAAAAGUAUAACUUGGACCAACAUGUCAUGGAAGAUGAUGAUGAAGAGGAACAAGAUGAAGGAAAUGAAAAGAAAAAGAAGAAGAAGAAGAAAAAGAAGAACAGUAGCAAAGAAAUUGAACAGAGUCAAUAUUCCUUCGAAGAAGACAAUCCAAAACUUGUCAAAAUUACUCAUCGUCUUAUUGCACAACAACUUGAAAAAGAAAAUGUUCUCUGUGAACAUCAACUUUAUGAAAAAUUCAAAAGUGAUGAAAUUUGUUUUGACUUAAAGCAACAAAUCAAAGACAAGAUACAAAAGAGUUGUCCAAUGUCUCUCUCAAAGAUUAGAUAUACAAUGUGUAAAAAUUGCCAUGCACCAAAGCUACCAUUCGCUAUUCUCAACAAGGACUCUAUUGGCUUCCAUGAAUACACGGUUAAUAAUGUUGAAUUUUUCAAGGCAGUCAAGGAGUGGCUAGGUAAAUGCAUUCACAAAAAGUACUUAGAUCCUCAACUGUUUGAUGAUGUAGAUUUGGAUGCGGAUAUUCAAAAAAGAAGAGCUGAAAAGCCUUUCUGUCUGGCAAAGAAUCUUCAUUCUAUGACCUCUAAAGUUCAGAUAGACUCUCCAACGCUCUUUUACAACUACCUACAUACAGAUGAAAUUGUUGACAUGCUUGAUAGAAUUUAUAGUAACGGAAUUAACACAGCAACACAAAAAAUAGUUUUCAGGAAUGAGGAAAACGAAGAAAACGAGCUAAACGAAGCCGUAAUUGAAUGCAUCAAGAGCAAUAGUAUUCGAUUUAUGGACUCUUAUAUUUUACACUCACUCUAUGGUGAUUCUCCUUCAAGAGUGUUUAUUCGUAAGAUGUUGGUCAUUCCUGUUCGUUUUAGACCAAUUUCACCAAUUACAGUUUCAGCCAAAGAGGAUGGCAGAACUAUGAUCACUUACGUUAGGACAGAUGUUGAUACUCACUAUUUAAACAUCUUAAAAACCAAGAGAUUGUACGAAGAAAUCGAAUCUAAAGUAGGAACAGUUGAGGCAAGAGCUGACAACACAGCAGUUGCAGUACUUAGAGCUUUGCAAUGCUAUGUGAACGAUAUGAUGGAUAGCACAAGUAAUACAUCUUCGGGUUCAAACAGAUUCUAUUCCACACUCUUGAAGAAGAAGAAAGCCACCACCGUUACUAACCGUGGUAUGAAACAAUUGCUUGAUAAGAAAGAAGGUUUAAUCAGACAAUCUAUGAUGGGUAAAAGACUUCCCGCCAUGUUCGCUAAAAAGAUGUCAUACAUGGAGACAGUCACUAACUUUAACAUCCACAAAAUGAGAGAACUAGUGAUUAAUGGUGCCAAGCAAUAUCCUGGAGCCAACAUCAUUUGCAAGAGUGGCAAAAAUCAAGCAGAUGCAGCAAAUGCUGUGAGUCCUUACACACGAGCACCGCUGUACAUUCAAUUAUCAGUCAUCAAAUCCAAGAAACAAAGAAUUGCUUUGGCCAAUCAACUGCAAAUUGGAGAUGUCGUUUAUCGUCACUUGCAAGAUGGAGACAUGUUACUCAUGAACAGACAACCUACUCUUCACAGACCGAGUAUUAUGGCUCACAAGGCUCGUGUCAUUGCUAAUCAACGUGUUUUGCGUCUUCACUAUGCCAGUUGUAAAUCUUUCAAUGCAGACUUUGAUGGUGACGAAAUGAAUGCUCACUUCCCACAAAAUCCAAUUGCUCAGAGUGAAGCUCGACAACUCAUGGCUGCACACUUGUCUUUCUGUACUCCAACAAGUGGUGAACCAUUGCGUGGUUUGAUUCAAGAUCACGUUUCAUCUGCUGUCCUACUCACACUUAAGGAUAACUUUUUGUCACGAGAGGAUUAUCAAGAAAUUCUUUACAGCGCGAACGUGUUUGGUGUAAAUGAAGUUAUUCAAUUAGAACCUCCAACAAUUUUGAAACCAAAGCCACUUUGGACAGGAAAACAGGUGAUUACAUCUCUGUUGAAGCAUGUUGCUAAGCGAUGUACUCCAGCAGGACAGCCCGUGUAUGGAGUUAACCUUGAUUGUAGAACUAAGGUUAAGGGGUCAGUUUGGGGAGGCCAUUCAGAAGAGGGUACCGUCAUUAUUAGAGAUAAUGAAUUAUUGACUGGUAUUUUCGACAAGUCGCAAGUGGGUUCUUCGAAAUAUGGUAUUUUGCACGCAUUCGAUGAAUGUUAUGGCAAUGAGGCCAGUAAUAUGCUCAUUUCUUGCUUAUCAAGAAUGCUGACUUUCUACUUGCAAUAUUUUUCCAUCAGUUGUGGUAUUGAUGACUGUCUUCUUUCCAAGCAGGGCGAAGAGGGUAGAAUCUCUAGCUUGUCUCAAGCCAAUGAAGCAUGCCACCAUGCAACUGCUUCUUUCUGUGGUCUUUCAAAGAAGAAGGAAGUGAAUCAAUAUGAUCAUGAUAAGGUGAAGGAAUUUUUGGCCAAACACAUGCUCAAUCCAGCCAUCACUCAACAAACUGGAGAAAUUAUUAACGAGAAGAUUGUUCGUAAAUUGGACUCUACUGUUAAGAAGAGUAUCAACAAAUUUACUACAAAGGCCAUCAAUGAUGCCAUUCCAAUGGGUCAAUACAAAGCGUUCCCAUACAAUAUGCUAUCUCUAAUGACUGAAACAGGUGCUAAAGGUUCGAUGGUCAACUCUUCUCAAAUUGCCGUUUGUUUAGGUUUACAAGAAUUUGAAGGUAAACGUGUCUCUGUUCAACCAAAAAGUGGUAGAACUCUUCCAUCCUUUGACUCCUUCGAUUCUAGCAAUAUUGCUAACGGCUAUGUAGCAAGUAGAUUCUUGACAGGUAUUAAACCUCAAGAAUUCUUCUUCCACUGUAUGGCAGGAAGAGAUGGUUUAAUUGAUACAGCUGUUAAAACAGCUCGUAGUGGUUAUUUACAGAGAUGUCUCAUCAAGCACUUGGAAGAUAUUUCUAUUCAAUAUGAUGGUACAGUAAGAAACUCAAACAAGACAGUUCUCCAGUUCUCGUAUGGUGGUAAUAAUAUUGACCCAAUCAAAACAGGCUACAUGCAUCAAUUUGACUUUAUGAGAAUGAAUGACAAACUGCUUGCUCAAAGAUACAGAGAAGAAUCCGCAUUGGAAUACACCAAAGAUGUGAAAGAAUGGCAAGAAAAGGCAAAGAACAUGAAAUCAACUGUGUACAAGGGAGAUUACGUUACUGUUGAAAAUCCAUGGAAUUACUUUGGUGCUGUGUCUGAAGCAUUCCAAAACAAGCUUGACAAGUAUAUUGACACUACAAAGAAAACCAUUCUCACUGACACUACAAAGAAAUUCUCUCCAGAGAGAAUUAAGAGAUUAGCCUAUUUGAAAUAUUUAAGAAGCUUGGCAAAUCCAGGAGAGGCUGUUGGUAUUCUUUCAGCUCAAUCCAUUGGUGAGCCUUCCACACAAAUGACUUUGAAUACUUUCCACUUUGCUGGUUUGGACAUGGCCCACGUGACUGUCGGUAUUCCUAGAUUGGCUGAGUUGUUCAUGAAAGGUACUACUCGAGUGCUCACAAUGACUGUUCCUGUAAAGAAAGAAUGUGCUCAAUACGAAGUUGAAAAGAUUUAUCAAUAUGCAGAUAGUAUAUCUAAGCUACCAUUCUUCAGAGUUUUGACAGAUAUGGAUAUUCAAGAACAAUUUAAAUUCACUGCUGAUGUCAAACAAAAACAAAUCUCAGUGACUCUCUACUUUGAUAUGAAAGAUAUUACUCAAUAUUAUCAAAUUUCUAAGGAACUCUUUGAGAAGAAAGUUAAAACCUUGCUCAUUCUCUUAACCGCUAAGAUUAUUUUCCCAAAGAAGUUAUUAUAUGCUAGAAUGAGAUCCAUGCUUGCUAAAGUUGCAAGCUUUGCUGGUCAUGGAAUUUCUAAUACUUCUGAUGCAGCAGAAUCAGCAGAGAAUGCCAGUGGAGAUGAAGAAAAAUCAAGCAACAAGAAAGACAAGUCUGCAAUGGAUGCAUUUUCUGGUAAAGACACUGAAGCCAUAUUGAAAGAAGUCAAUGAUGAGGAUAAUAACCAAUACACUGACAAGCCAAAACAAAAGAAGAAGAAAAAGAAGCACGAUGACGAUGAUGACGAAGAAGAAGACGCCGCUGAAGUUCUUGAUGAAGACGAUACAUCAAAGAAGGGCAAGACGAAUGAUUCUGAUGUUCCACUGCCAGCCAGUGUUGAUGACAAUCUUUCGGGUGACGAUCUUUUUAUUUCUACUUUUAAGGAUGCUCUUGGUGCCUAUGAAGUGUACGAUAUUAACACCGAUGAAGGAAUUGUCAAUUUUGUGUUCUCUCAAAAAUCAGACUCUGGAAAAGUGUAUAUUGCUGAAGGUAUUCAAGACGUGUUAAAGAAUUGUUAUUUACAGAAAGUCGAUGGUAUUGAAAACGUUACUGUUGUGCCCACAAAUGAGGGAUAUGAUCUUUCUAUUGAAGGUUUCAACUUCCAUGCACUUCACUCUUUACCUUCCUCUCACGAGUUAUUAGACCUUAAUCGGCUUGUGACAAAUAAUGUCAAUAUUAUGGCUGACUAUUAUGGUAUUGAAUCAGGUUAUGGUCUGAUUGUAAGAGAUGUGAAACAUGUGUUUGAGAUGUAUGGUAUGGAUGUGAGUGCUGCCCACAUUGAACUCAUUGCUGAUUAUUUAACAUCACGUGGUUUCUAUACCUCAUGCAAUCGACAUACCUUGAAAAACAGUCCAUCCACCUUCUACCGAUCCUCAUUUGAACAAGCUUGUCAAAAUCUAUUGAAAGCUGCUGUUCGAAAUGAGACGGAUCAGUUAAUUUCUCCAACAGCUCGAGUUGCCAUGGGAACACCAGUCAAGUUUGGUACUGGUUCCUUCGAUUUGCUCAUUCCAAACAAAUAG